AUGGACGACUGGGUCAUCCCGAAACCAGACUGGAGAUUGGCUUUUAUGAAAUGGAAAUCAACAUGGCCAAUCCACAUUUACAUAUUUAGCGGCCUUUUUAUAUUAGCCGCUCUUCUUGUAACCACCAUCCGCUGUUAUGUCUACUGGCAAGAAGGUCCCAACAAACGGGAGCUCUUCGCAGAGGUUCUCACCACUUUGGUGUUUCUCUUCAGCUUGCUGAGAGCUACUUCCUUGCUGGCCGACGCCUACGGCCACAAGCAGCGGACAACGUACGGGGUUACUCAUUUCAUCUGGUCCAUGGCCACACCCUGUUUGACUGCUAGCUACGCUGUACUCCUCAUGGCGAUACUUGAUUCAACCAAAAUGUCCCUCCUGCCCGAAGCCGCUCAACGAUGGAGGUCACUAGUUGGUGUCACAGGGAUCCAUUUUGUGGUGGUCAUACUUGGUGAUGUUGUGUUGUUGUCGGCACCUGGAGCGAAGAUUGUCUACGUCAUCUGUCAGUUUUUGUCCACCGUUUGGGGUUUGAUGGUCAGUAUUGGUUAUGCUUUCUUAGGAUUGAAACUCUACUACAAUUUUUGGUCAAUGGCGACAGUUAAAAAUGCCGUUCCUGAACCUCGAAUAUGGCGAUUGUUUCUUCUCAUCUGUAUCACAGCACUGGUUUGCUCCACGGUCUCCCUCAGUCAAUUAUAUUUUCUCUUCAGUAAUUUCGGUCCUCUGAAACUGUUUGUUGUGCUUUUUUGUAACGAUCCGAUUAACGAACUCUCUCUCAACAGUAGCAAUAGUGGCAGUAAUAGUCGCUGCGGUGACUCCAGACGAAAACGUUUACAUUUUCCUACUGAUCUAUCUAUCUAUCUAUCUAUCUAUCUAUCUAUCUAUCUAUCUAUCACUGUUCAUAUCUAUUACACACUGUUCAUAUUUGUCUAUCACACACUGUUCAUAUCUAUCAAACACUGUUCAUAUUUGUCUAUCACACACUGUUCAUAUCUAUCUAUCUAUCUAUCUCACGUAUUGUUGAUUCUAUCUAUCUAUCAUCAUCAUCUAUUCAUCUAUCUAUCUAUAAGAUAUCACUGUUCAUAUCUAUCACAUUUCAUAUCUGUCUAUUACACACUGUUCAUAUCUAUCUUCAUCUAUCUAUCUAUCUAUCUCAUCUAUUUUUAUAUCUAUCUAUCUAUCUAUCUAUCUAUCUAUCUAUCUAUCUAUUUCUAUUUUCAUAUCUAUCUAUCUGCUAUCUAUCUAUCUAUUUGUGAAAGAUAUCACUGUUCAUAUCUAUCACACACUGUUUAUAUCUGUCUAAAUAAUCAUGCGCACGAAACUAUCUAUCUAUCUAUUUCCAUUUUGACUGAGAAAAACUCCAGCCAGCCAGCCAGCCAGCCAGCUAUCUAUCUAUCUAUCUAUCUAUCUCACUCUGUUUAUCUAUCUAUCUAUCUAUCUAUCUAUCUAUCUAUCUAUCUAUCUUAUCUAUCCAUUCAUCUGUCCAUUCAUCUAUCUAUCUAUCUAUCUAUCUAUCUUAGUCUGUCCAUCUAUCUAUCUAUCUAUCUAUCUAUCUAUCUAUCUAUCUAUCUCAGUCUGUUCAUCUAUCUAUCUCAGUCUGUUCAUCUAUCUAUCUAUCUAUCUAUCUAUCUAUCUAUCUAUCUAUCUAUCUAUCUAUCUCAUUCUGUUCUUUUUCUUUUUCCUUUUACUUGUUGCCUUCUUCUUUUCUUCCUCUUUCUCUUCCUCAACCUCUUCUUAUUCUUCUUACUAUUAUUAAAAGUAAUUUUAAAGUCCUACCCCACCCCCUAUUUAUUCCUUCUUCUCCUACUCCUUUUUAUUCUUGUUAGUAGUAGUAGUAAUCAUAUAGUUAUAUUUUUUUACUUUUUCCUUUUUGUCCUUUUUUGUUGCUUUUUUCUUCUCUUCCUCUUUCUUUUCUUCUACCACCACCUCCUCCUCUUCUUCUUAUCAGAAGCAAUUUUAAAGUCCUACCCCCCUAUUUAUUCCUUCUACUCUUUUCUUCUUCAUGUUAGUAGUAGUAGUAAUGAUAUUCAUAUCAUUCUAUUCUUUUUCUUUUUCCUUAUUUUACAUUUUCCUCUAUUCCACUUCCUGUUGUUCUCUUUUCUUCCUCUUUCUCCCUCUCCGUUUCCCCUUCUUAUACUUCUUGUUAUUAUUAUUAUAAAUAAUUUUAAAGCCAUAUCCCAUUAUUUCUCCCUUCUCCCCUUUCCCUUCUUCUUCUUCUUCUUCUUCUUCUUCUUCUUCUUCUUCUUCUUCUAA